AUGCCAGAUACAAGUGUUGUCGUAAUUCACGGCAUUAUUUUCAUUGAAUCCCUCGUUAUUUUCUUGGGUAAUACUUUCACCGUAUUUGUGUUUUGGAAAAACCGAAACAAAUUGAAGAGGACCUCAUUUCUUCUCAUAAACUUAGCUGUGGCAGAUCUUCUUGUUGGACUCAGUCAAAUGAUAACAACUGGAGGGUUUUACAUUCCACAUUAUAUCCUGACUAACAGUACUCUUGGUGACGAUGUAUUGAAGAAAUGGAUUUUAGCUGUGCCUUCCUUAUGUGUGCCAUAUGCAUCACUUUUCUUUCUCGUACUCAUCUCACUGGAGCGUGCAUAUGCUCUGAUUUGGCCGCUACGACAUCGAGUAGCAAGUUUCAGAGGCUAUAUUUACAGCGCUAUCUUUGUGUGGGCUGCCGCAACAACUCUUGGGGCACUGACUUUGCUAAUUGUGAAAUUUAAGUUCCUAAAUCUCGCUCAUUGGGUGGCCGCAUUAGCGUGCAUCGCGGCUUUAUCCUUGACCGCAGUUUGCGCCUGCUACGUAAAAAUACGAGCUCGACUCAGUUCCAAUGCACGAGCAACAGUUGCUAACACAGACAAUACGCUGGAACAAAACAGGAAACUCUCUAGGACUUUGUUUAUUGUUUUAGGCGCCUCUCUUGUCUGUUGGGGCUCGAGUAGUAUUGCCUACUUUAUUUUUAAUCUGUGUUCCAGGUGUUAUAGUCGACUUCUUAUUGAAAGUUUUUACAUAUUUCAUUUGGGAAAUUCUUUGGUGAAUCCUAUCAUUUAUAGUUUUAAAUUCCCCAUGUUUCGAAAAGUUUUGAAACGAAUGAGACUAAAAGUGACUUCUAAACAAUAUCGAGUCAGUUGAACAACACAGGCCUGUGAGCGUUUAGUUUUAUUGAUUUAAAGAAAGCGAACUAUAAUUCUAGCUGAUGCUCAUUCGACCUUUUCAUCUCGGUAGUGAAUCAGGAAUGGAAUUGACAAUAAAACACUAGAUUAAGAUUUCCUUUCUAGCCUGUUUGAGAAUAAUCUGACUGCACUGCAGAAAGAUGACUCAGAUCAAAGGUUUCACUUUGAAAUUUAUAAAUUUAUUACUGAGAAGAUAAUGAUAAUGUGUAAGUAAGAGACCACUGUACAUUACUAAUUGUCCUCUAUGUGCAACUUAAACCAGCUGUUUAUGAAUAAUUAAAAUAGAUGUGCAUUAUAUGGAGUUGCAAAUAAACGCGAGGUUGGCUUUCUCAAUAAGCUUGGUGAAAACUUCAAAAAAAUGUUCCUUUAGUUACAAAGCCUUUCGAGAAUCAAAAAACUGCUCAUUUAUCUUUUGAAAAGGUAAUUACGAUUUUGCUCGAUAUGCCAAUCGUAGAAAUAUGUUUUGGAAUUAUUUCUUUCUAGAAGGCCUUAUUGGUGUGGAAAUGUUAUAUAUAUAUAUAUAUAGAAUUUGCGCCUUAGAAGUCAAUAAAUUAUAUUUUUCCAUUAACCCCUUAUGUUUACUUUGCGUUGUAUUAGGGGCACCCAAACUAUACUUUUAAUAAAAAUCUCGUGCACCUUAUUUAUAUAAGAAGGUUGCAUUUUUAAUCAUUAUUUAAAAAUUCUAAAGAAUGUCCUCUUGCUAACUCUGACCUUCGAGAAUCAUUCAAAUAUGCUCAUUCGUUUAAAAGGGUCGAUUUAAUUUUACAUAAGGUGCCAAUUGUGGCAUACAUUUUGUAAAUACAUUUUGUUUUCCCAGAAGGAAAAACUGUUAGCAUUGCUAUGUAAUAAUUCAUUCAUCAACCCGUUACGUUGUAUGCAGUUAACGGAUGGAAAUGCAGGCCAUCUUUUCUAUAAACGAAAAAUCGUUCGCUCAUAAUUAAUUUUGGGAACUCAAGUUUUUAAUUGCCUAUGCCAUAGUGUGAGGUCUGUUUGUUGAAGAUCUUAAUCAAAUUUUUUCUUCUCUGGGUAAAUAUUGGUCAGAGCUUGUAGAAUGAUGUGUUUGUGUUUAUUUUUCCCCUGAAAUUUUUCUCCAACUGCAAUAUAUAUGCCUCGAUCCUGAAUUUUUGCUUUAAGAAUCAUAAAAACUGCUUUUCAUUCUAAUUACAUCGCAUUUUCUCAACCUGCUAAUUUUGGUAAAAAUAUUGUAAUUAUCAGUUCUAUCUUGAAAGGAAAGUUGAUGAUCUUGCUUAGUGAUUUUUUUGUUUGUCAUUCCCUCUCUCGCAUGCUAUUACAAAUAAGUAAUUAAUUCAGUCUUAUCGCCAAAAAAUUAAUCUCUUGUUCUUUAUUAAUUUUGAAAGCUGAAGUUUUCAACUACCUAUUUUUAUAGUGAGAUUCGUUUAAUGAAGAUCUUAUUCACAAUGUUUUUUAGCUGAAUAUUGGUUGGAGUUAAUUGUAGAAUAUAUUUGUUUAUUUUUUCCUUUUUUUAAUCAACUACAUCACACCGUGGGCGUAUUUUUUUUCUUAUAUAAAAGCGUGCUACGCAAGUGACAACGUGCUAAAAAACGCUGGUAAAUUUUCCGAAUACUGAACACUUCAAGUGUGGCUCAGGUAACAUUUGUAAUUCACUGCAUUAUUCUCUUUGAAUCCCUUCUUAUUUUCUCUGGAAACUCUUUCACCACAUUCGCGUUUUGGAAAAACCGUAACAAAAUGAAGCGGACCUCAUUUCUUCUCAUUAACUUACCUGUUGCAGAUCUUCUCGUUGGACUCAGUCAAAUGAUAACAACUGGAGGGUUUUACAUUCCACAUCAUACCCAGACCAACAGUACUCUUAGAGAUGAUGUAUUGAAAUAAUGGAUUUUAGUUGUGCCCUAACUCUGUUCGCCUUAUGUAUCAGUUUUCUUCCUCGUGCUCAUUUCGAUUAAACGUGCAUAUACUCUGAUUUGGCCGCUAUGCCAUCGAGUAGCAAGCUUCAGAGGCUAUAUUACAGCGCCAUCUUUGUGUGGGCUGCAGCAACAACUCUUAGGGCAUUAACUUCUCCAGUUGUGAAAUUUAAAAUCCUAAAUAUCGACAGUUGGAUGGUUGCAUUAUCUUGCGUAGUUGUUUUCUCUCUAAUAGUAACUUGCAACUUUUGUAACACGCGUGAAAUUAAUCGUUAAUUUUAUUCGGCCCCUGCGAUUACAACCACCAAAAGCUAAAAUUACCAGCAGUGUUAUUUUUAUAGGUAAUAGCAUGAUUUCGAGUGCAGUUUGAUGUUAAUAGACAAUAGUAAAAUUUCAAAGAUAAAAAAAUUGCAGAAGCCUAUAUGGAAAGUGCAAUUUGUAGUCUCUGAAAACUUUACAAGUGCUUAUUACGCUAAAUUUCAAGAGAAUUCAUGUUAAUCCUUGUUAAUAAUUUAAUGAAAAAUAAUCUCAGAAAGUCAAGACCAACGAAAUUUUGAAAACGUGCGCGCACUCUUUGUCCCUUGCACUCAUGUUACAUAAGAAUGCACUCGUUCUCAGCCAAUCAGAGGCGCGUAAUUUUUCCUUACGUUACUUACAUAAAAAAUGAAAAUGCACCCAGUCUAUUCUUAACUAAAAGAUGUUGGGUGCCUUGUUAAUAUAAAAAAAUUAAUGAUAUCUUUAAUUAUCUUCUUCAUAGAGUGUAAUCCAUUUGCCGAAGUUCUUAAUCAAACCUUUAUUGACAAAUACAUUACGUAAUGGGUAUAUUCCUUCUUAUGUGAAAGCCUGCCACACAAGUGGUGAGCUGUGGUUGAAAGCUUGCAAAUUCUACGAUUACUUUUUUGUUCAAGUAUGACCGAUAAAAGUGUUGUCGUGAUUUACUGCAUGAUUCUGUUUGAAUCCCUCAUUAUUUUCUUGGCCAAUACUUUUACUGUUUUUGUGUUUUGGAAAAACCGAAACAAAUUGAAGAGGACCUCAUUUCUACUCAUUAACCUGGCUGUGGCAGAUCUUCUUGUUGGACUCAGUCAAAUGAUAACAACUGGAGGGAUUUACAUCCCGCGUUAUACCCAUACUAAAAGUACUCUUAGUGACGAUAUAUUGAAGAAAUGGAUUUUAGCUGUGCCUUACUUAUGUUUGCCAUAUGCAUCACUUUUCUUUCUCGUACUUAUCUCACUAGAGCGUGCAUAUGCUCUGAUUUGGCCGCUACGACAUCGAAUAGCAAGUUUCAGAGGCUAUAUUUACAGCGCUAUCUUUGUGUGGGCUGCCGCAACAACUCUUGGGGCACUGACUUUGCUAAUUGUGAAAUUUAAGUUCCUAAAUCUCGCUCAUUGGAUGGCCGCAAUAGCGUGCAUCGCGGCUUUAUCCUUGACUACAGUUUGCGCCUGCUACGUAACAAUACGAGCUCGACUCAGUUCCAAUGCACGAGCAACAGUUGCUAACAAAGACAAUACGCUGGAACAAAACAGGAAACUCUCCAGGACUUUGUUUAUUGUUAUAGGCGCCUCUCUUGUCUGUUGGGGCUCGAGUAGUGUUGCCUACUUUAUUUUUCAUCAGUGUUUAAGGUGUUAUCGUCGAAUUGUUCUUGAAAGUUUUCACAUAUUUCAUUUGGGCAAUUCUUUGGUGAAUCCUAUAAUUUAUAGUUUUAAAUUUCCCAUGUUUCGAAAAGCUUUGAAACGAAUGAGACUAAGAAUAACUUCUAAACAAUAUCGAGUCAGUUGAACAACACAAGCCUGUGAGCGUUUAGUUUUAUUGAUUUAAAGAGAGCGAACUAUAAUUCUAGCUGAUGCUCAUUCGACCUAUUCAUCUCGGUAGUGAAUCAGGAAUGAAAUUGUCAGUAAAACGUUAGAUUCAGAUUUCCUUUCUUACUUGUUUGCGAAUCAUCUGGCUGCACUGCAGAAAGAUGACUCAGAUCAAAGGUUUCACUUUGAAAUUUAUGAAUUUAUUUCUGAGAAGAUAAUGAUAAUGUGUUAGUAAGAGACCACUGUAUAUUACUCAUUUUCCUCUACGUGCAGGUGAAACCGGCUGUUUUUAAGUAAUUAAAAUAAAUGUGCAUUAUAUGGAGUUGCAAAUAAAGGUGACUGUUGGCUUCCUCAAUUAGCUUGGUGAAAACUUCAAAAAAAUUUCCCUUUACUUACACAGCCUUUUGAGAAUCAAAAAACUGCUCAUUUACCUUUGAAAAGGUAACUUUGAUUUUGCUCCAUAUGCCAGUCGUGGCAUAUGUUUUAAAAUUAUUUCUUUCCAGAAGGCCUCAUUAGUAUGAAAAUGUUAUAUUAUUCUAUUAACCCCUUAUGUUUACUUUGCGUUGUGUGCACAGCACCCAAUCUAUACUUUUAAUAAAGAUCUUGUUUACCUUAUUUAUAUAAGAACCUUACUUUUAUAAACAUCUCUUAAAACUUUUACAGAAUGUCCUCUUGCAUAAGGUGCCAAUUGUGACAUAUAGUUUGUAAUGAUUUUGCCGAAAAGACAAAAUUGUUAGCAUUGCCUUAUAAUAAUUUAUUCAUCGGCCCCUUGCGUUGUAUGCAGUUAACGAACGGAAAUGCAGGCCAUCUUUUCUCUGAAGGAAAAAUCGUUUGCACAUAAUUAAUUUUGGGAACUCGAGUUUUUAAUUACCUUUGCCAUAGUCUGAGGUCUGUUUGUUGAAGAUCUUAAUCAAAUUUUUUCUUCUCUGAGUAAAUAUUGGUCAGAGCUUGUAAAGUGAUAUGCUUGUUUUUAUUUUUCCUCUGAAAUUUUUUUCCAACUGUAACAUAUAUGCGUUGAUCCUGAAUUUUUGCUUUAAGAAUCAUAAAAACUGCUUUUCAGUCUAAUUGCAUCGUAUUUUCUCAACGUGCUAAUUUUGGUAAAAAUAUUGUAAUUAUCAGUCCUAUCUUGGAAGGAAAGUUGAUGAUAUUGCUAAGUGAUUUUCUGUUUGUUAUUCCCUCUCUCGUACGCUGUGUUGAUUACAAAUAAGUAAUUAAUUCAGUCAUAACCCUCCAAAAAAUUAAUUUCUUAUUCUUUAUUAACUUUGAAAGCUGAAGUUUUUAGCUACCUAUUGAUAUAAAGAUGAGAUUCGUUUAAUGAAGAUCUUAAUCACAACGUUUUUAGCUAAAUAUUGGUUGGAGUUAAUUGUAGAAUAUGUUUGUUAAUUUUUCUUUUUUCAGUCCACUACAUCACAUCGUGACCGUAUUUUUUUUCUCACAUAAAAGCGUGCUACGCAAGUGACAACCUGUUAAAAAAAAGUUGGUAAAUUUUCCGAAUACUAAACACUUCGAGUAUGGCUAAUGCAACUUUUGUAAUUCACUGCAUUAUUCUCUUUGAAUCCCUUCUUAUUUUCUCGGGAAACUCUUUCACCAUAUUCGUGUUUUGGAAAAACCCUAGCAAAUUGAAGCGGACCUCAUUUCUUCUCAUAAACCUGGCCGUGGCGGAUCUUCUUGUUGGACUCAGUCAGAUGAUAAUAACUGGAGGGUUUUACAUUCCAGAUUCUUUCCAAACCAACAUUACUUCUGUUGAGGAUACUUUGAAACAUUCACUUCUUGGUGGUUACCAACUAAGUUUGCCUUUUGCAUCAGUUUUCUUCCUCGUACUCAUCUCACUGGAACGUGCCUACGCUCUGAUUUGGCCACUUCGCCAUCGAGUAGCAAGCAUCAGAGGCUAUAUUUACAGCGCUUUCUUUGUGUGGGGUGCUGCAAUAGCUCUCCAGAUAGGGAAUUUGUUAAUGCUGUUCUUUUACUACUCGGAAAUUGACCAGUGGAUGAUUGCAGUAUGGUCCAUCGCGGCUUUAUCGCUGAUCGUAAUUUGUGCCUGCUAUGUGGCGAUACGAGCUAAACUCAGUUCCAGUAGAUUGGUUUCAGUUGCUAGCAAGGACAAUUCACUGGAACAGAACAAGAAACUCUCCAGGACUUUGUUUAUUGUGAUAGGCGCCUCUCUUGUUUGUUGGGGCUCGAGUAGUGUUGCCCAUUUUAUUUUUCAUCAGUGUUUCAGGUGUUUUCCUGAACCCGUUCUUUACAGUUUCUAUAUAUUUCAUUUGGGCAAUUCUUUGGUGAAUCCUGUCAUUUAUAGUUUUAGAUUUCCCAUGUUUCGAGAGAAUUUAAGAAAAAUGCUAUUACUUAAAACUUCGAAACGAUUUAGA